CUUCCCUUCUAGGCUGAUUCUGUCUCUGGAGGAAAGAAAUAUGCACCUCACAGAGCUGGAAGAAAAGAACGUGGAACUGAAUAAUCAGCUGUCACAGUUUCAAUCUGCUCUUCAGCAGGCCGAACUGGUCUCUUCAAGCCGUGCAGGAAAACUUCAGGAGCUCAGCACCCAGAUCCAGGCCCUGCAGGAUGCAGUGACAGAGAAGGCAGCUCAGCAGGACACUCGAGAGAAGGAGCUGCUGCAGGAGCUGGAAAAGUCCCGAGCAGGAGAACAGAGCUUGAGGGACGCUAUGAAUGUGCUGCAGGUUGAGAUGUCUGGGCUGCGUCUGAGGCUCCAGAGCUCUGAGGAAAGAGCAGAGGCCAUGGCCACACACUGUGAGGCCAUGGAGAUGGAGCUGAGGAUGGCUCAGGCUGACAACAACCAAAUCAAGGCCUGCAAUCAGGAGCUGCAGACACUGUUGGAAGAAACUCAGCAAGCAUUAUGGAGGGCAGAACACCAGAAAAUCUUUCUAAGAACGGGCCUGAAGGAAGAGGCCACUGCCCUGAAGAAAGAGGCUGUGACUGUUCGUCAGGAGAUGGAAUAUCUUCGGAGGAAACUGGAGAGCCAGGAGAAGGAAAGGAAGGAUGUGCUGCAUGAACGGGAAUUGUGCCAACAGAAGCUGAGGGGUCUGGAAAAGAAGAUGGAAACGGGUGCACCUGACACGAAGAGUCGGAAGAAGAUAAUCCAGGAAUUGGAAGUGGAGGGGGAAGAUAUGCAAGAAGAGUUGGACCAUGGGACUGCUGCUGCCUUGAAGACGAGUGGAAGAGAAGAAAUCAAAGGGACAGAGAUUGGACAGCUUCUGACUUCUGCACUGAGGAAGAGCGAAAUGGCCAAAGGGACAUUGAAGAAAAAGAUAGUGAUGCUGCAGAAAAAAUCUCCUGACAACUGCAUGAGCCAGUCUCAUGUCCAGGUGCUGCAGGAAGAGCAGAAUGAGAAGAGGGCUUUAACAGAGACACUGCUCCAAACUCAGGGAGAGCUCAGCCAAGCGUGCCAGCAGGUCCAGCAGCUCAGGCAGGAGGUGAAAGAGCAGCAAGAGAAGGAACGGACCAUCAAGGCAAAGCUGCAAGCUGAGCUGCAGGAAGCUCACAAUGAAAUGCUGGCAGUGCAGAGGAGGCACAAGGAAGACCUUCAGGGCAUCAGAGAGGAGAUGAAUGUCCUCCUCAAACAGAGGGAUGCUCUACAAAAGCAGGUGGAUGAGUUGACAUCUCAGCUGGCAGCCUCCCGAGAGUUCCAGGAAAGCACAGUUCAGAGAGCCCAGCAAGAUGUGAGCGAGGCCCAGGAACAGUGCAGCAGAAGAUGUUGGAGACUGAGCACAUCCAAAAGAGGCUGGAGGAGGCAGAAGAUCAGAAGAAGGAGCUCCAAGAGCUGCUACAGAUAAUGGAGAAGGAAUCGAAACAAUGGGAAGAAGUGGCAUGCCAAAAUUCAGAACUGCAUGCUUUUGCGACUUCCCUAAAGAGAGAAAAUGACAGGCUGAUUCUGUCUCUGGAGGAAAAGAAUGUGUGCCUCAGAUCACUGGAAGAAAAGAACCAGGCGCUGAAGGAUCAGCUGUCUCAGUUUCAUUCUGCUCUUCAGCAGGCCAAACUGGUCUCUUCAAUUUGUGCCAGGAAAACUGCAGAAGCUCAACACCCAGAUCCAGGCCCUGCAGGAUGCAGUGACAGAGAAGGCAGCUCAGCAGGACACUCAAGAGAAGGAGCUGCUGCAGGAGCUGGAAAAGUCCCAAGCAGGAGAACAGAGCUUGAGGGACGCUGUGCAUGUGCUGCAGGUUGAGAUGUCUGAGCUGCGUCUGAGGCUCCAAAGCUCUGAGGAAAGAGCAGAGGCCAUGGCCACACACUGUGAGGCCAUGGAGAUGGAGCUGAGGAUGGCUCAGGCUGACAACAACCAAAUCAAGGCCUGCAAUCAGGAGCUGCAGACACUGUUGGAGGAAACUCAGCAAGCAAUAUGGAGGGCAGAACAGCAGAAGACCUCUCUAGAAACUGCCUUGAAGGAAGAGGCUGUGACUGUUCGUCAGAGGUGGCAUCACUGCAGAGGAAACUGGAGAGCCAGGAGAAGGAAAGGCAGGAUGUGCUGCAUGAACGGGAAUUGUACCACCAGCAGCUGAGAGACCUGGAAAAGGACAUGGGUGCACCUGACAUCCAAAGAGGGAAGAAGAUAACCCAGGAAUUGGAAGUGGAGAGGGAAGACAUGCAAGAAGAGUUGGACCACGGGACUGCUGCUGCCUUGAAGAAGAGAGGAAGAGAAGAAAUCAAAGGGACAGAGAAUGCUCAACUCCUGAGUGCUGCACUGAGGAAGAGUGAAAUGGCCAAGGGGACUCUGAAGAAAAACUUUGUAAUCCUGCAGAGAAAAUCUCCUGACAACUGCAUGGGCCAGUCUCAUCUCCAGGUAGGCACAGGCACUGACCUCCACUCCAAUGUCCCUGAAGGAUUCCAGUGAUAUUUCCCAUAAAGAAGUGGGACUCUAUAUCCCUGUGAGUCCAGGCCUGCUUGGCCAAAGCAGCCCAGGCUGCAGCAGGCAGCCUUGUCUGUCUGCCUGGCCCCAGCCAGAGACCAUUGACUGGCAGAUUGUUUCCUGGCAUGCCCAGAAUGACUGCUACAGCUCUGGAGUUUGCUGCUCAGAUCAGCUGCAGGCCAAAUUCUGGGCAUGGGGAGCUGCUUCUCCUGUGCUCACACAAGAUCAUGGCAACACGUGGGGAUUUGGAU